UUCAGCUUCACUGAUCGACAGGACCGGCUCCUGAUAGACAUGACAACCUGAUCUAAUCCAUCGUCAUCCGUCGACUAUUAAGCUUCAUCCGCCUCGAAAACACCAGGAGCACAAAGUACACAUCCUCACCUUUUGGACGAGCGCCAUCUUGCCACACUAUGCGGUUAUUAGUACUUUAAAACAGAAGGCGAAAGAUCGUGAGAGCCGCCUUCCUCAGAGAAGAGACGAGACCAGUGUCCGCUGCUCCGAGGACCGGAUUCCCUUAUCCCGCUCACACACCGACUCCCCGGCGCUACACCGUCUGAUUCCCCUCCCGGAGCAGCGAGCAGCAGGCUAGCCCGACCAGCAGCCGCCAUGGAGCUGAGAGUGGGGAACCGGUACCGGCUGGGCAGGAAGAUCGGCAGCGGCUCGUUCGGGGACAUUUAUCUGGGCACAGACAUCUCGGUGGGGGAGGAGGUGGCCAUCAAGCUGGAGUGUGUGAAGACCAAACACCCUCAGCUCCACAUCGAGAGCAAGAUCUACAAGAUGAUGCAGGGUGGAGUGGGGAUCCCCACCAUCAAGUGGUGCGGGGCGGAAGGAGACUACAACGUGAUGGUGAUGGAGCUGCUGGGGCCCAGUCUGGAGGACCUCUUCAACUUCUGCUCCCGCAAGUUCAGCCUGAAGACCGUCCUGCUGCUGGCCGACCAGAUGAUCAGCCGCAUCGAGUACAUCCACUCCAAGAACUUCAUCCACAGAGACGUGAAGCCGGACAACUUCCUGAUGGGUCUGGGGAAGAAGGGCAACCUGGUCUACAUCAUCGACUUCGGCCUGGCCAAGAAGUACCGUGACGCCCGCACGCACCAGCACAUCCCGUACCGCGAGAACAAGAACCUGACCGGCACCGCCCGCUACGCCUCCAUCAACACCCACCUGGGCAUCGAGCAGUCCAGACGCGACGACCUGGAGUCGCUGGGCUACGUCCUGAUGUACUUCAACCUGGGCUCGCUGCCCUGGCAGGGCCUCAAGGCCGCCACCAAGAGGCAGAAGUACGAACGCAUCAGCGAGAAGAAGAUGUCCACGCCCAUCGAGGUGCUGUGUAAAGGCUACCCCUCCGAGUUCGCCACCUACCUGAACUUCUGCCGCUCGCUGCGCUUCGACGACAAGCCGGACUACUCGUACCUGCGGCAGCUCUUCAGGAACCUGUUCCACCGCCAGGGCUUCUCCUACGACUACGUCUUCGACUGGAACAUGCUCAAGUUUGGUGCUAACAGGGCCAUGGAGGACGCCGAGAGGGAGCGCCGGGACCGGGAGGAGAGGCUGAGGCACAGCAGGAACCCCGGGGCCCGGGGCCUGGCCGGGGCCUCAGGCAGGGCCCGGGCCAAUCAGGACGCAGCAGCACCGUCCCCGCUCAACCCGUCCUCACACACCGGUCUGGAGAAGGAGAGGAAAGUCAGCAUGCGUCUCCAUCGUGGAGCUCCGGUCAACAUCUCGUCCUCAGACCUGACGGGACGCCAGGACACGUCUCGCAUGUCCACCUCACAGGCUCUGUCCAGGGUCACGCCCAGCGGCCUCCAGUCUGCAGCUCCACGGUGAAACCUCCACCCACCUGCACCUGCACCACGGAGGCCUCAGCGUGCACCACCGGCCGCGCACGCACACGCACGCACACACACACACACACACACACACACACACACACACACACACACAGGACUGCCGACUAAUGCGCAAGAUUCUUGCUGCACUCCUGCCAAGCUAGGGCGUGUGUGCGUGCGUGUGCGCGCGCGCGUGCGUGUGUGUGUGUGUGUGUGUGUGUGUGUGUGUGUGUGUGUGUGUGUGUGUGUGUGUGUGUGUGUGUGUGGGUGGGCGCGCACAUGCGUGUGUGCGUGCGUGCGUGUGUGUGUGUGUGUGUGUGUGUGUGUGUGUGUGUGUUUGAGCGUGCGUGUUUCUGUACGUAGCAGGUGGAGCGCAGUUUGGUUGCCUUAACAACCACUUUGGCGGUAGCAGCCGCAGCUUCCAGCUGAGCAGUGGGCGUGUCCAGCCGGCCCCACUUCCUGUCCGCGGCCCAGCUCAGUGUCCUCCUCCUCCUGUAGGGGGCGUCCUCAGGUGCUCUGGACACCGGACAGGGAGACAUGUUGCUUUGAGUCUGUAGUGGGAAGCUGUGAACGACCACACACUGGAUGUGUGUGUGUGUGUGUGUGUGUGUGUGUGUGUGUGUGUGUGUGUGUGUGUGUGUUUCAGUCUUAGUUCUCCAGCCUCUGAGGGUUGGAGAUGAUGCUGUUUUCUUUGUAGCUACCGUGUCUCCUCCUCCUCCUCCUCCUCCUCCUCCUCACUUGUUCCUCUGCUUUCACUUUGAACCAGAACCUGUUGUUUUCCUUUGUUGUUGGAGUUGACCUCUGACCUUGUCCCAGCUGAAGAGACAGAACCCUGCAGCCGGGGGUCAUAAACCAUGCAAAUAAGCCAGGUCUCUGUCCAGUGAUAGAGAAAUCUCCAGCUCCAGUCCAGGGGUCAAAGUUCACAUGUUGACCCUGCUGGUGACGCAGUUGACCGUCAUCGCUGGAGAAGCUUCCAGAAACACCAGCAGCAGCUCGCCUCCUCGCGGUCCUGCUUCAGGCAUCUCCACCUCUCACCAGGGACCUGGUCCUGGACCAGGUCUCAACCUGGUCCUGUCCCUUGGACCUGGUCCUGACCCGCCGUGUGUUUCUGGUGUGUUUCGGUCCAUCAGCGUCAGGGGCCAGAACCACUGGAUCACCUUCUGAAGUUGACCUGGAGUCGUUUGCUGUCCUCAGAGUCCAGGCUGCUGGUCCUGGAGUCAGCAUCAGUCAUGUUCAAACCCUGAAGUCCGUCUGUCCAUAUUGAGCCCUGCAGCUGGCCAGAUGUGGCCCACAGGCCACAUGUUUGAUACCCCUGGUAGAAAGCACGAACUGAGGCAAGCUGAGAGCAGAGAAACCCCAGCUCAAACCUGGAGGGAGCGUCGGAGCCCAGUGGGGGGCCUCUGGGGGCCGGUGGACUCAUCUGGCUCCACUGAGAGGUCAGGCUUUCCAGAUCCCCCAGGUUCUCAUGGUCCCCCCGGACUCUCGCAGCUCUCCUGGUCCUUCGGGCUCUCGCGGUCCCGCCGGGCUCUCGCAGCUGUCGCGGUCCCGCCGGGCUCUCGCCGUCCCAAGGCUCUUGCAGCUCUCCUGGUCCCUCAGGCUCUCGCGGUCCCCCGGGCUCUCGCAGUCCCCCGGGGCUCUCUGGGUCCCUAGGCUCUCGCAGCUCUCCUGGUCCCCCCGGUUCUCUGGGUCCCUGGACUCUCGCGGGUCCCCCGGGCUCUUGCGGUCCUCAGGCUCUCGCGGUCCCCCAGGCUCUCACAGCUCUCCUGGUCCCUCAGGCUCUCGCGGCUCUCCCUGGUUCUCAUGGGUCCCCUGGGCUCUCGCGGUCCCCCCGGGCUCUCACGGUCCCCAGGCUCUUGCAGCUCUUCUGGUCCCCCAGACUGUCGCAGCUCUCUGGGUCCCCCGGGCUCUCGCGGUCCCCCGGGCUCUUGCAGGUCCCCGGGGCCCUUGCGGUCCUCUGGCUCUCGCGGGUCCCCCGGGCUCUCGCAGCUCUCCUGGUCCCCCGGGCUCUCGCGGUCCCCCGGGCUCUCGCAGCUCUCCUGGUCCCCUGGGCUCUCGCGGUCCCCUGCCUCUCCAGUAGAAACGUAGUGUAGACUGACAGUGUUGUAGGCCGUUCUCGUGGUUCCAGGGUGGUUCACCUGUUCUGUGGUGUUUAGGUUUGGCUCAAAGUGACGAAUUAACUUGUGUCUCACUGAUGAUGAUGAUGAUGAUGAUGAAGAGCAGGAGCUCUCUUGCCCUGGGGGGUUCUUGAGGCCGUCUUGUCCGCCUCACUUCACUUCUUGUAUUGUCUCUUUUUUCAGUUUUUUAACUGUAAGUGGAGAUGAUUGAUCAUGUCCCACAAUGCAUCUGGACUGUGGACUGAUGGAACCUCUCUCCACUCCGGACUCUGGGCUCCUCAUUUGUAAUGCCACUGUAUUUGUGAAUUUUAAAACUGUGUAAAUAAAUUAAGUACUUAAGUAUU